AUGGCCGUCUCCAAGCCGUUGGGAGUCAUAUCCUCUGAAGACCAGUCCGGCCUGAUUCUCAUUCUGACCUCGUUGUCGCUGUGCUUUGUUCUCGUUGCCUUUGCCAUUCGCAUCUACAUUCGGGUCCCGCAGAGAUUGUGGAAAUGGGACGACCACAUUCUGACGGCUGCCACAGUCUUCUCCAUCGUUCAGACCUCGCUCGUCUUACAUGCUGUCCACCUCGGCUUGGGGCAGCGGAAAGCAUUCGAGGGCGAUGACCCCAAUAGUGAUUUGAUCAAGAAGUACUAUUUUGCAAACGACUUUCUCUACCUCGUCGUCCUCCUCUUCUCCAAGUUGGCCGUGUGCUUUCUCUUCCUGAGGUUGACACGCCGCCGAGGACACAUGAUCGCCAUCUACACCACCAUCGGGCUCUGCGGCGGUUGGUUUCUCCUGUCUGUGCUUUUGAUCAGCAUCGACUCCUCGUGGAAGCAGGUUUUCUCGACACCGUUUGGCAGAUGGCUCGCCGUCGGCAUCACAGACUCGAUCACGGAGCUCCUUUUCGUCCUCUUUGCCACGUACCUGGUCAGCGAUCUGCAUAUGAGCAAAAUCCAGAAAGCCAUUGUGAUAUUUGCAUUUGCUCUUCGACUGCUUGCCGUCCCUGCCUGCGGCAUCCGUCUCUACUACCUCAACCCGACCACCCUCCCCGGCAAUCGCAGCGAAUCCCUCUCCCUGGCCAUCGUGUGCACGCAGAUCCAGCUGGGCUACGGGAUCAUGGCGGCCUCGGUCACCGUACUCAAGCCGUUCAUGGCCGUCUACGAGAAACCCGUGGGCUACUCGGGCUACACCAGCAACACCGUGGCUAAGAAGUACAUGACCUCCAACAACAGCGACCACGACCAUGACCAUCUAUCCUUCAAGAUGCAGCCACUUUCAAACUCAGACGAGGUCAUGCCAGAGAGACUCAGCCCCCACGCCGUGACCUUUGACCCGAACCAACCGAUCUUCUCCUCGCGGAUUCCUUUGGGGCCAGGGCCAGGGCAGAAGCAGAAGAGAGGAAGCGGGAGCGGAUAUGGACACGAGAAGAGCGACAGCAUACACAGCCACGACAGUCGACGGCUGAUCAUCGAGCGCAAGACGGACUGGUCGAUCCGGUACGAAGAGGCCGAGAGUCACAAAAGCGUUGUUAGUGAGGGUGCUCCAUCGGUUUCUGAUCGUUGA